UUUGAUGUCAUUAUGAACAUUUCAUGUUCUACUGGUUCAGCAACAUCACAGUAUUUAAAGCAAAGCAGCUAUUAGACAUCACUGACAUUGUGGCAGCCAACGCAGCAUCGAGAGCAAUAAUCAGCCUAACGAACUAAUAUCUACCUACUGAGUGGAGGAAACAGAUAAAUGAUGAGUUCUGCUCAGAGUCAAACACUAGAGUCCAAACUGAAGGCACAAGAGUGCCACUUCACCUGGGACCUGAACCCCGGCAGGUCCAAACCUUUCCGUGUCAGAGACAAGCUGGAGGACAUCGGCACCGAGGAGGGAAACAGCUGGCUGGGUCACAUUUACAACCUGCGGGGGUACAUUCAGUACAAGCUGGGGUUCACUGAAGACGCCCAGAGUUUGUUCAACCAGGCUACAGAGGCCCUCCGCCAGACAAGAGGAGCAGAAAAGGGUCCCUGGUUAGUGGUGAACUACGGGAACCUGGCUUGGCUGCACCACCACCUGGGAGAACAAGAAGAGAGUCAGGCUUACCUGUCAAAGGUCGACGCCCUGAUGAAUAAAUAUCCAUCUCCAUCCCAGGACGAGCUCCAUCCAGAGAUCUACGCUGAAAAAGCCUGGACCCUGAUGAAGUUCAGCACAGACCAAAAGCUGCUGGCUGCAGAUUACUUUGAGAGAGCCAUCAGGAUGCAGCCGGACAUGGUGGAGUGGAACACCAGCCGUGUCUUAGCAUUAGUGAGUGCUUCUUACAACGAAGGGCCUGAGGCUGACAUCUUGGAGAAAUUGAGAAUUGCCAAAGAACAGGAUCCAGAGAACUUGUACCUCGCUGCUAAAUACCUUGAACAACGUGGUAAGAAAGGAGAAAGGAUUGAAGAUGAAGCACGUGAGUUAGGCAGACAGGUUUUGAGGAAUCCUGUGAGCAGCUACAGCGGUAUGAAAGUAUUACUGUGGGUUUACAGAAAGUAUUUAUCUGCAGAUGAGGCCAUUGAUUUGGCAGAGGAGGCUCUGGAAAAACAUCCAGAUGUACGUUAUCUGAAGAGCUGUGUUGCACUCUGCUACAAAUGGAUUUAUUUCAGGGAUAUUGGCCAAGAAGUAAUGGAUAGAAGCAGAAUAGAGAGAGCACUCAGUCUCCAUGAGGAGGUGAUUUCUCUUUACCCUCAGUCUUCUCUUGUGAAGAAAAUAGACCUCGCAAAGAUGUACAUAAACUCAAAGUACAGCCAGGCUAAAGCUGACCAGAUAUUCCAGGAACUGCUAGAAAGUGAUCUGGAACCUGCAGACAAACAGAUGCUUUACACCAACUACGCAUACCAUUUAUUCUUUCAUCUAAACGACAGCGACAGGGCAACACAGUACCACAUGAGGGCAGCAGAGAUACCACAUGAGUCCUCCUUUCGUGAGAGAAGCAUCAGAGUUUUGACUCAGAUUAGAGACAGAAAGAAAGACAGAAUGUGCAGAGAAGUAGAGAAGUUUCUGUCAAACCUGCAAAAGCCACAAUGUUUUUAACAGCACUGAUUCUAAACCCAGGAAAAGGAAAAGAAACCUGUAUAUUAAUUUGAAUACCUUAUCCUAGAUAGACCCAAAUAUUGUGUGUAGAUGUGUAGAUUAUUAUACUUUCAUUCUCUGGUACAGUUUGAUCGGUCUUAAUGUUUACCUGGUGGGAAUGAAUGUCUCCAGGGUUACACAUACAAACAAAAAAUCACAUAAACUGUCAUAGGAACGAGCAGAUUGUUUAUUAACACAAUGUUUGCUAAUGCCACUUUCUACCUUGCUGGAGUUAACAUCCACUGUUUAUAUAUUCAAAUGUCAUAAAUAAUCCUGAUUAAUUAACAUAGAUUUUGAUCAGAUGUUCUUUUCUUAACUCAUGUUACCAUAGCAUUUACUAUAUUCCUGACGUGUUUGUUUUCUUUAGUAUCAUAUUUUAAGUUUAUAUAAGAACAUAAUACUCUCUAAGGAAUUUCUCUUUGUUGUGAGCUUUGGAAAAUAAAACUCUGAUUGGUGAUGUAAUAGUUAAUUUGAUGCAUAACCUGAAUAUUAUCACAAGACCGAACUGAUCAUAUUCAUAUACAUUAUAUUACGUUGUGUUUGAGUUGUACAAUAAAAUGAAAUAUACAUCAUGUACACUGA